AUGAUCAACAUCUUCAACUCUCCGAUCGACCCGUCACAGUUGGACGAGUUCGCCGAAGGAAAGCAGCAGGAGGAGGGCGAGCCGCAGAUUUUCGAUGUGGUACGUACUGAUGUCUCAUCUUCGUUCGGAUGCUUCCAAUCUUCUAUAAACAUGUUGAAUUGGGGACGUAUCUUGAGCUGAUUUAGGGUCAAGUUGGACUUUCGCAAGUCUUAACCAAAGGAUUCCAUUUCUAUUUUGCUGCGAAAAGCCCAUCUGAAAACGAAAGUGAUUCCUGUCAUUAAGAUCUGUUGACCCGUGUAUAUCUUGUUCCGAAACGCUAACUUAUUUAUCCAUUUCCUAGUGAGCCUAUUGUAAUAUUUCUCAGUGCUCUUUCAAUAAAAUUUCGGACAGAAUGACGCGCUCUCCAGUUGAAUUAGGCUUGUAUUAGAACGAAAGAGAACAGUACCCCAACUGCUGUUUCUUCAAAGCGAUAUAUCUCAGCUGUCUGUAUAGAUAUCGAAAAGUUGUCAACAAAUAAAUUGCUCAUUGAAAAAUUGUACACAUUUUCUCAGUUGAUAACUUUUUCAUAUUUCUACAGGCCGCUGAGAUACAUCGUCUUGAAUUAACGAUAUUCGGGGUGCCGUUCUAUUGCAUACUUCACGCAACCCUUUUGUGUGUAUUUUCGUGUUCCCAACUUUUCUGUGCAGCUGAAUAUGAAACUUGUGCUUCACAAAACUAAGGAUUUUAGAAAAUGAGCUUUUAAUACUGUAGUACCGCAAAUGUUAGUGGUUGGCACUUUCUUAGUUUGAAUUGCUCGCCACUUUCUGAUCUAUUCCAUCCAAUGACCAUUAUUAUCAGUGAUAAUUUAUCCUUCGGAAAUCGGAAAUCUUCCCUUUUGUGGCUGUUUUGUUAUUGUUUGCGAUUAUCACUACGCAAUCAAUUAUUCGCCGAUCACAGUUUUUCGAUUCGUUUCCCUCAGAAUCAGAAUCCGACAGGGUGGUUCCGAACACUUUCUCCCAUCCGCAACUUUUCUUUCUUCUCGAAUCGAAUUAGUAACUGUUUCUCAUUCGACGUCAUCAAAAACACGAUGUUUCGGUUGUCCAAAAGACGAGUUCUUUCUUAUUGUAUUAGAAUCCGAAAGAUUCGAGUAAAUCUUCCGAUUUGCAGAAGAAACGGAAGCCACAAGUGACGUACGGCACCGAUGGACGACGUGUAAGUCUUCUGAAUCCAGUUCGAAUUCCCAAGUGCGUCGUUUUCAGAUGUUGGACGGCGUCGUCGAGAAUCAGCACGCUUCGAACACUCUCUGGACGACGACGAUUUCGAGGGGCGUGGCGAAUGAGUGGCGCGAAGAAGCCACGGGCACACGUCUUCAGAAGACGAAGAGAUACAGUGAGUGGGCACAACAACUUCUCUAGAAUGUGUCCUCCAGUUGAAUUAAUGUGUACACUCCAUUCCAGAGUUCCUAUUGAGAGGGUUAGUGGAAGGGGCGAAGCAUCGUGCAACUCAAAACUGAAAACGAUUUCAGUUUUGACAUUUCACUCAAAAGCUUCUAGAAUGACGUCCCCCCAAAGUUGUUCUGCAUGACAAAGUGCGGAAAUCGCUCAGAAAUAGAUUUGCUCUUUCUCUUUCCUUUCAUUUGAAAACUUAGGGAUUAUCCAGAUAUCCAAUCAUAGAAAUCUGAAGAUUAGUGCCCCGAUGCCCUUUCACAAAUGCCAUUUUCAGUCUACAAAGUUUCGUACGACGCGCAGGUGCUCGUCCGUCAGACAUAUCGCCGUCACGCGACCGCCAUUCUCGUCGCCACAAACGUGACCCUCUUCCUGCUUUUUCUGUACAUUUGCCGACUGUUUCCGUUCAAUAGAUGA